AUGUCCUACGACCCACUUGGAUUUUACAAGGGGAACCGCUACGACCCAGAUUUCGCAGCAAAGAAGAAGGCCAAGUACGAGGGCAAGAAGAAGUCCCAGCAUGAUAAACGCGAUCACCCGCAACAGCAACAACACCAUGACUCGCCGCACGACCAUCGCAAACAGAAGCAACACAACGGACCGCCAUCCCAUCAGAGCCAGAACGGCUCGUCCUCGUCGUACCCUCCAGCAGCACGCUUUGAUUCCGGCUAUGCUGGUCCUUCUUCCACCAUCGGGGCGCACAGUUCUUACGACCGCUCAGAUCAAAACACCAUGGGCAACUCGCAAGGCGGCUACAGUCGACAGCGCGACUACGACCAGCAUAGCAACAAUAACGGCAACUUUGACCCCAGGCAGGGCGAGACGUAUGUCAACAAUCGCCAGAUGGAUAGCCGCACCGCGUACGCUUCCUCGGAUCGCGGUGGCGAGUAUGGUGGCCGUGACGCUAGGGCCGCAGAGGAGCGUUCGGGCCCACCACCAGCGUCUUCGUCGUACGCCGCUGCCGCUUCUGCACAGCAGAACGCGUUCUCCACCCCUACUCCGAUCCGCCGUCCCAUGUCGCCCCCACCCCUCCCCAUAUCGGCCGUAUCCCAGCCAUCAGUCCCAUCAGGCGCGGGCACGGUCCAAGGUGCCGAGCUCUCGGCGCUGGAAAAGCUCAAGCUCUUCAAGCAACAGGUGGAAGCCAGCCGCAACGGUCGUAACCAGGCGCAGGACCUCAACCGCGCUGCAGAGUCGUUCCUCGAGUCAGUCGGGCAGGCGAUAGACUCCCAACCCCACAAUGGCACUGGCGGCGGUGGCCUUGGCGGUGUUGGAGCGGUGCCCCCAUCACCGGCUGCUGCGCCCCCGGCGUCCUCCAAUAUUUCCAAGAAGACCCCCGUUGGGGAGGCGGAGGACGGAGAAAUAACCGAGUCGACGACGCCGCGCGAGCAGGUCCUGAAGGACAAGAUCAAGAAGCUCAAGCAGGCCAAAGCGAAGCUUGCUGCCAAGGGCUCUGCCAACGCGUCCCCUGCCACCUCGGCCCCAAAGCCUGCCGCGCCUCCUAUCCAGACCAGCCAGGCCCCCAACGACAACGCUCCUUACCCCACCCCGCUCACUGCCACCCGCGAAAGCUCGCCAUUCGCCAAGCGUGCUUCGCUUACGCCGCUCGUCCCGACUCACGGCACGUACGCCGAGGCCGCUCGCGAGCGUGCAGAGGCGCGUGCGCGCGACAGCCAGGUUCCCCAGCAGACUCCGCGCCAGUAUCCCCAGCGUGGUCGAUCCGCAUCGCCUGGCCGCGGUGCCCGUGCUCCUUCCCCCCGUCAUGCGUCACCGCCACGCACUGCCCCUGUCCGCCGUUACGCCUCCCCACCACCUGCUGGCGAGCCACUCGCCUACCAGACCCACGAAGAGUACUCGCGCCGUCGUGAAUCCGACACGGAACCCCAGCAGCGCAGCUUGGAGACUGCCCAGCGUGGUCGCCAGCAACAAGAGCGUUGUCCGGACUAUGCUGUGCCGUACAUUGAGCAGCGGCCCGCUCCUGUUCGCGAGUAUGAGCCUGUCGUGGCUGCUCCAGCUCCCGCCCCAGCUCUGACUCCGACAACUGUCGUCGCUAACCCGUCGGGCGAAUGGGUCAUCAAGACACUCCACUUACUCAAGGCCCAGAUUGCCGAGCUGGAGAAGCUGGUUGUGCCGGCGACGAUGUCUGCCCCGGUGGUGGCUUCCUCACCCGCUCCUCCUGCUCCUCCUGCUCCUCUGGCACUGGAAUACCGUGAACCAUCUCGUCGCGAGUAUGCAGAGCGUCCGCACGAGUCUCCUGCUCGCGCACCUUACCGCGACGAGCCAUCUUCGUCAAGCUACCAGGGCCAGGGCGGCUACAAGACCCGCGAGCAUGGUAACGGUGCUGGCUUUGUGCAUGAUUCUAGAAAGGAGUUUGUCCCCUUCAAGAAGACGUAUGACAACAGCAGGUCCUCGUACGAAAGCGAUAGUGGAUACGCUCCCAAGCACCAGAACCAGCACCAGCAGCAUGGGGGCAAGCCGUACGACAAGCCGUACAGCAAGCCUCCUUACAAAAAGUACGAAAAUGACAGUUCCUAUGAAAGCCCACAGCACCAUCAGCACCAGUACCACCACCACAACCACCACUCGGAAGACGGGGGUGGUGGUGGUGGGUACCGUGGCCGUGGGUCGCGAGGUGGUGGACGUGGAGGAUACAAGAACCAGGGCGGCCGCGGAGGGUACCACACCUAUGGUGACCGCGACGACCCCAACUCUGGCGGGGACUAUGGAGGAGGAGGCUACUAUAAAAGCAAGAGCGAGGGGGGCCGUGGUGGGCGUGGUGGGCGUGGUGGUUAUGGCCGCCAAGAAUAA